UGUCGCGUCGCGAAGCUGUGGUCGAAACUCGGGGGGACACGAGACUCCGGUACGAGUCAGUCGUGCGUGAGAGCGAGUGUGCGUGAUACGACACCGCGAUCCCUUAUUCCGUAUCUAACGUUCAACCCCUGUUUAUUUUGUAUCUCGCUCUUUCGGCCGGGCCGUAAUCACCAGUCGGGAGAGAAAAGCCGGCGAAAAAUCGGAGUCGGGGUGCAUCGGUGUUAGAGAGAGAGAGAGAGAGGGAGAGAGAGAGAGAUAGCGGGUCACUGAACGACCGUACGAAGGUAGGAAGAGGGAGUAAGAAAAAUAAAAGAGAGACAGAAAGGGAUUCUCGUCGCGACGUACACACACGUAUAUAUACACGUGCGAAAGCCAGAGGAGAGACGUGAACACGCGCGUGCGCACCCGCGUAUCGCAUACACGUACACACACCAUAGAGCCUCAGAGGGUGAGAGACAGAGAAAGAGAGUGAGAGAGUGAACGAGUGCGAGAGAGAGAGAGACAGACCGCGACGACACUGUGCAGGAAGAGGCAAGAGAGCCAGUGACACCGGGAGGGUUGGGUGUUCCUCGUGCAAAACCGCCACCGGAAUAUAUGUCGUGAGUGUGCGGCCGAAGAUCCGCGGAUAGAGGCCGGCGCGAUAGUGCGUGCGGGGCUUUAAGAAGGGAAAAAAAAAACGCAAAGACUCCGGGUGAAAAGCAAUGCGGGUUCAUUGACUGCGUGCCGCGCAAUGGCCGCAUGUUCGUGGCCGGUGCACAGUGCAUGUGUGACAGGAGCUACGAGGAGGACGACGCCGAGGACGACGAGACCGAAGAUACCGGCUACAGCCAACAUCGAACUCGAGACCUACUGAAGUACUCUUCGGGCAUCUGUGCGAUCGAGGACGCGCCUCGAUCGAAGCUGCGAUAAGAACGAGGAACACUGGGAUCGCUGGUCGUUUUUAGACGACCUCAACCGAAGCUCCGAGAGGGAAGGAAAAGUCUCCGCGCUACGUUUCUGACGCGAUUACCCCGCGAACUUUGCCGUGCAAUUUCACUCGUGGAAACUCUCGAUCCGUACCAAUCCUCUCUCGCGUCGAAUCGUCACCGUGUCCAGAUGAUCGCGCCAAAGAGAACUUUAGAGACUUAAAAUCGUUCCGACGUUUGACCGACCCAGACACGCUCGUGAACGCGACGUUCUUCCGUAUAGCUUGUUCGAUCUUUCGGUCCCCGGAAGACAGGGAUUAACGGGUCCCCGGGAUAGCGUCGAUCGUCUCGGUGGGACUUGAUGCUCGCGAACAAGUACGCGGAUCGCGAGUCAUCGUCGACGUCGAGUCGCGGCAGUCGCGUGCGAAAAUGUUCCGUUGCUGACGCCAGUCAGCAGAGUGAGCGUCGUUGUCGUCGCGGUGCAUCAUCUUCGUCGUUUCGGGUCGCGUCGGUGGACGUAUUUAGGUGGCGGGACAGUGAGAAUAUUCGCUCCGCGUUUGGCGUCGUGGUUGUCGUCGUCGUGCGUUGUUCAGCCAGUGGUGUUCGGCAGUGAGAGAAAGAUAAGAGGGAGAGGCGGGCAGCUAUAACCGGCAACCACACGGUGGACAUGAUUAUUUCAAAGGAUCUGUUCCUCUUUGGCGACCAAGAUUACCUGCGCCUUCCCAGUAACGAGAAGCGCCAGCAACGGGCAAUGGGCCGACCGAUCAUCAAUGCUCCCAGAGUGGAAAGCUCAGCGUUGCAGUUGGUGUACCCGCUGGAUUCUCGUCCGGUGCAGCUAAUCUUCCGGGGGUUGCAGGUGGUCAAGGAGAAACGAGCCCUUCUCCGAGAUGUCUCGGGCGUCGUUAAGCCCGGCGAGCUCUUGGCCGUCAUGGGACCUUCAGGUUGCGGCAAAACCACAUUGCUGAACUGCCUGUCCGGUCGGGUGGGCUUGGACGGUGGUGAAAUCUGGCUGAAUCGCGAGAGGCUGACAAAAAGAUGGCGCAGAAGAAUCUGCUACGUGCAACAGCAGGACAUUUUCUUCCCCGGUCUCACGUUGCGGCAGACCCUCGAGUACCAGGCCAGGCUGAGGCUUCCGGACACGUUCUCGCACUCCCAGAAGAUGCAGUGCGUGGAUCAUAUCAUUGAGGUCCUCGACCUCGCCGCCUGCCAAGACACCAUUAUCGGGGAUUACACGAAAAGAGGACUCUCUGGAGGCGAGAAGAAAAGGACGAGCAUAGCUUGCGAGCUGCUCACCAAUCCGUCGCUAAUGUUGCUCGAUGAACCAACCAGCGGGCUGGACUCGCAUUCAGCACAGGCGCUUAUUUCACGACUGAAGAAAUACGCGGAGCAGGAGGGCAAGAGCAUUGUGGUGACAGUGCAUCAACCCAGUUCCAGGAUGUUCCACAGCUUCAGCAAACUUCUUCUGUUGAGCCGGGGCCAGGUGGCGUACUACGGCUCGACGUCGAAUAUUGGCAGGUUUUUCUCCACGAUAGGACUGACGUUGCUUCCGCACUAUAACCCCGCUGACUUCAUACUGGAACAAAUAAAGGGGCCAGAAGAGGUUCGGGAGCGCAUCGUGGCCGCUGCGAGGAACGCAAGACAGGGACCCGACUGCCCACCGGAACUUCGUCCGGAAUAUAAUCCCAGCCAACAUCCGCUCUGCGACCAUCUCAUCCAUUACCACGAGCACCACAUCAGCCACAACGUGAAGGAAGACGAAGGUCGUACGCUGUGGUUGGACACACAAAGCCACGCCAGCAGCAGCGCCAGUUCCGCGGACGAUGACUAUUCCUGGCAGUGGCCCACCAGUUUCUGGUCGCAAUUCAAAGUAUUAUCAGAAAGAAACUUUCAAGAGGCACGGCCACGGAUGCUGUCUCGUUUGAAUUGGCUGCAAACGAUAGCCCUCGGUUUGCUCGCCGGGCUGCUGUGGCUGAGGCUUCCCAGAACCGAAGCAGCUCUGCACGACAUCCAGGGCUGGAUGUUCUUCAGCACCACGUAUUGGAUGCUCUUUGCGCACUUCGGUGCACUCUCCAGUUUUCCUCCGGAACGCGAGGUUAUCAACAAGGAGCGGUUGUCAGGAUCGUAUCGGCUCUCGGCCUAUUACCUGGCGAAAAUGGUCGGCGAGCUGCCGCUUACGAUUACACUGCCCGCGGUCUACCAUAUCAUUAGUUACCCGAUGUUGGGCUUCCACAGUCCGGCAGUUUUCGUCACUCUGCUGGCGUUCCUGUUACUCAACACCGUUGUAGCGCAGAGCGUGGGAUUCUUCGUUGGCGCCUGCUGUUUGGACUUCCAGGUUAGCAUAACCGCGUCCGCGCUUUACACGCUCGCGACGCAGCUGUUGGGUGGCUAUUUGGCGACGGCGGUUCCACCGUGGCUCGCGUGGGCCAGAUACGCGAGCAUGGUGCACUACGCCUAUCAGAACAUGCAAAUCCUGGAAUUCGGCGUCGGCGAGCCGAUCACAUGCUCGCAGCCUAGCAAGUUCCAGGAGUGUAGGAAUGCCACGACGAUACCCGUGACCGCGAUCCUGGAGAGCCAGGGUGGCGCCAGGGGUUCCGGUCUUCCACUCUGGGCGAACACGGCCGUUCUGUUGGCGUUCCUGGUGGUGUUCCGCACUCUUGGCUACCUGGUGCUGCGGUACUACCGCGUGCCGAAGUGAGCCGGUGCCGGGAACCAGGACCUGUUGCCACAUCAUCUGCGAUCGGACGCUGAUCGACGGAUCGACGGACGUCGGGCGGGCCCCGCCCGCCGCCGCGCUGACGGGGAACGCCGUCGAGCAUUGACCCUUCGUUUCGUGGCCCGCGAAACGGAACGUAGCUCGCAGAACUGAGAACGAAACUGAGCGCGAAAGUUUAUUUUUCCAGGAGAAUAGGGUUCAGCUUGGGACUACCCAGAGGGUUGACGAUGGCGCUGGAAAGACGGGCGGGCUAAAGAAUUUGUGGAUCCUCUUGCGAUAACAGAGAACGCGCGUCGCGAUCGGAGUCUAUCGAUAUUUGCGUAGGGAUCCGUCGAGUGGAUCUCCGAUCGAAGAUCAGUCGAGGGCGAUUCUCCUCGCUUUUCAGAGCCAUCCGUUCAACCGCUGGCAGCACUAUUUUAAUUACCGAACGAUUAGCGAAUAUUUUUAUUAAUUGUACAUGCAUCUCGCAGAAUAGUAUACCUCAACUAGAACAGGGAACCAGUAAUCUCACGAAACGAAGGGUUAAGAGCCGCGAGGAGGGGGUUGAUCGACAAUUACCCUUAACCGGCACGACGACCGAAAAUACGCGCGCGAACGCGCCGCUGCGAGACUUUGGCGAUUACUAUGCGUAGGAUCGUACACGUAGCGACUUUAUAUCAUGCUGACGGGGUACGUGGAUAGAAGCAAAUGGAACGAGCAAACGAGGGAGAAAGACAGAGAAAAAGAGAGAGAGAGUGCGAGGAAACGAGAAAGCAACGCGCGACUGGUGAACACUCCUUUGUUUAAAUUUCUUGCGGCAAGAAGGGUAUAAAUAGUAGAAACGAAAACACGAAGAAAGGGAGGAGAGACUGCGUGGGAGAGAGAGAGAGAGAGCGAGCCAGGAUGAAUGGAAGAAAAUGCACCGUAGAGGGUGAGUAGCGCGCGCGAGAGCUUUUUGGGAAAAUCAAUGUGCGGCGUCGGGGCGCCGCGAAACCGACUGAAAACAUAAAAAAAAGAAGAAGAAGAAAUACAAACACCUUCGAACACGUACAUACUCAUAUAAAAACAAACACAUAUAUAGAGAGAUGCAGGGACGACGAAUUGAAUGGUUGAAAUAGAAAUGAAAGAAACACGGUACAUACAAACAUACACACACACACACAGACACACACAUUGACGGAAUCAACUAGACUUAGAGGACACGUUAGGGGUUGAAAAGAGCCCUUAACGUUUUAGCGACUAUCCACGCGUUUCUUUUUACUUUUUAUUACCGCAAAGAGCAAUUGCUACGAUUUUACAAAAUAUUCGCCCUAGCUGGUAAGGUGAACUGCUACUAUUCAUUACUACCGUUACACUUAGUACUUUUUAUUAGCGACGCUGUAAACUAAGGGACGUGGCGAGACGAACGUUUCAUUACAUUUUUCUUUUUUCGUUUUUUUUUUUCUGGUUCCGAAUAGGCUACCAAUUCUUUUCGAACGCGAGAAGAGGACACGGUGAUCGAUCGACCGUAGGGAAUUCGGGAGCAAGCGAAAGGGAACCGUGUACGAUGCGAAUUCGAGAGAGUCGAACGGAGUGGUGGAAAUGUGCGAUUACGGAGGGGAAAGUUUAUAGUUAAAUCGUUUUUUACGCGUCGCAUGCGCUGAGCGGAUACGCGCAAUUUAAGGGCUCGAGAAACGCGAUUUGCGAUUUUAGAACUUGUUGGUCUGUGACGUAUCUAUGUGAUGUUUUCUAGAAGCUCGAUACGUUACGA